AUGAAUUUAAAAUUUUUACUCGUUCUCUUCCUCGCAACGGCACUUCUUGUGUCGAUGAGUGAAGCUGGAAAAGAUCGCAGGAAGAAGCAAAAACAGAAGGAGCGACAAGAGGAUAAUGAUGCCGACGAAGAAACUGCUGGAGGAAGAGGAAUGGAAGAAUCUGGAAAGGCCAAGGACGAGAAGGAGAGAACUUCUGUUCUGGAAAAACAAGCUGAGAAAAAAACUGAUGAUGAUGAGUCAUCAUCAGAGGAAGAUGAAGAUGAUGAAAAGAAGGACAAUUCCACAGUAAUCAUUCGUAAGAAACGUGAUACUGGAGUAGCUCUCCCAACCGAUGCCGCUGAAACCACUCGAAUCAUUCAUCGUAUGAUUCGCGACCACAAGGAAAAUACUUUUCGCGACGUCCAGAAGAGAAUGAUUCGCGACCUCGAAAGAAAUUUGAUGAAGCCUAUUGGAGAGCUCAUAACGAAAAGAUACAAGCGCCAAAACCCACCAACCCAAAUGAAAAAGACACAGGAGAUCAACGACGGAGUGCAACUGCCACUGGACAAGAAGCCGUCGGCCACUGCGUCCCCAACUAUUUGA